AUGCCAAACCUCUUACCUGCCGAUGAUAAUGAUAAAGGUCCCGGUCCAAAAGGGGCUCCCGCCGCCGGCGAUAAUACCUUGGGGGAAGGGAUCAUAGAAUCGAAGAAACUUCGCCGGCGACAACAAGACAAGACGGACACGAUCCAAGAGGUGGGCGAGGGCUCGAACAAAGCAUCGGCAAAUCCCGUCCGGCGCGACAACGACAUCCUUCCGCUCGAUGCUUUCCUUCCCCCGCCUGUCAAUGGCCUCCCGUUUAGCGGCUCGCUUUACGUGAGCCCUAAGCCCUGGGGGCCGACAGUAGAGGACGGCAAGGACAUAUUCGAGGAAGCCGUCAUAAAUGUGUACAGCCAGGUUGGCUAUAUAGUCAGGUUUGUGGACGACUGGAGGCUUCAUAGAGUUAUUGGAGAUAUCUAUUGCUCUACCAAUACUUUGCGCGAGGUGUCGGGGCCAUCUUGGUGGCAGCCGCAAGCUGUGAAUACGGCACAGGAGCUCAAGCCUGGGACGCAGUCCUCUUCCUAG